GCAGCUUGAACUCUCUAUUUUCGGCACCACCUCCCCCGCCAGAACGACUAUCGCAGCAAACGGACCAUGUCGAACCGCGCAGCAGGAGUCGACACCCGCUCAUCGCUCUCCGCGUCCUCCUCCGAGUCCAAGAAAUUCCGCGUCGAACAUAAAGAAUACACCUCGCCCCCAUACGCUGAACGAGCGCUCGACGGUACGCCACCCCCUCCGCCAGGGCUGUCGGAUCAGCUUGGGGAAGCGGAACAUACCACUUCCAACACCGACCUCGUUGAUCCUAAAGGCGCUAGUGGAAACCUAAGUCGAUGGAUGCGGUUCCGAGCCGCGAUGCGUGAACCAAUGGCCGAAUUCCUGGGUACAGCUUGCUUGAUCAUUUUUGGGAAUGGCGUGAAUUGCCAGGUCGUCUUGUCAGAGGAUCCUGGAGUGGCCGCGUCGCCGAAGGGUAAUUAUCUCUCCAUCAAUGUAGGAUGGGGUGUCGGAGUGGCAAUGGGCGUCUGGUUGUCGGGAGGGAUAUCGGGUGGUCAUAUCAAUCCAGCGGUCACCCUGGCGCUGGCCACCUUCCGCGGCUUCCCCUGGAGAAAGGUUCCAGGGUACAUCCUUGCUCAGAUACUGGGCGGCAUCGCCGGAGCAGCAGUCAUCUACGGAAACUACUUCCAAGCGAUCAACAUCAUCGAGGGAGGAAGCCACAUCCGCACCGAGCUCACCAGAGGGCUAUUCGCGACAUAUCCCAAGAACUGUCCUCCACCAGCUGGGCUGGCCCCACUUCUCCUCUUCUUCUUGGUACUUGGAAUCGGUACUUCGCUCGGCAUGCAAACAGGUUAUGCCAUCAAUCCUGCGAGGGACCUUGGUCCGCGUAUCUUGACCGCGAUGGCGGGAUAUGGUCGAGCUGUGUUUAACUUUAGGAGCCAGUACUGGUUCUGGUGCCCCUUCUUGGCGCCCAUCCUCGGAGCUCAAGUCGCAGCUGUCAUUUACGAUGGGCUUCUUUACACGGCAGAGGCUUCUCGCACCACGGUAUAA